AAAUUAAUACUUAUUAUUAUACUCCUAAAUAAGGUGGUUAGUGACUCGUUACGACUUAGGAUAGGGUGUGAAGGGGUGACACGUGGCAUAUACUUCUAGCAUGUUCUCGAGCCUUUCGGGGAUUAGGUUCUCCGAUCAGCCGGAAAGUAUAGCAGCCAAACCCAAAAUGCCUGCAAUUACACGCGCCUCCAUAUCUCCUCCCCUUCCUCCUCCUCCGUUAAACCGUCGUCACCUCCUCCUCACCGGACUCACCGUCUCCUUCUCUCCACUCCCCCUCCCCAUACCGCCUGCCGGUGCCCGUGGCCUCUUACGGAUGCCCCCACCUCGGCUCAGCAACCGGUACUUUUUGGUGAGAGCUGGGGAGUCUGAAUAUGAGAGCUUGGGAAUAAUUAACACAAACCCGGUAGCAAAAACAUCCGUUGAUAGUGGAUUAUCUGAGAAAGGGAAGAAGCAGACGGUGAGGGCUGCUUUGGAAUUGCAGGGAAUGGAAGCCUGUGAAAGAAACUGUUGGAUUUGGCCUUCUAUCACCCAGAGAGCUUACCAGGCUGCUGAGAUUAUUGCUUCAGUAAAUGGGGUCAGUCGUAGUUAUAUAGUCCCGGAGUAUAGCUUCCUCGACGCUCGUGGAUUGGGAGCGUUUGAAGGCAAGAAAUUGGAAGCUGUUUCUGAAGUUUAUGCUUCAGAUAGCAUUUCCCCUACAAUCAAGCCUCCUCCAACAGACGAUGGAACCCCAAAUGAAAGCGUGUCUGAUGUAUUCGUUCGUGUGACACAACUCAUGUCAAUUCUUGAGACUCAGUACUCUGAAGACACCAUAGUAAUUGUCUCACCGGAUUCUGACAAUUUGACAAUCCUACAAGCUGGUCUAGUUGGACUUGACCUUAGAAGGCACAAUGAUCUUUCCUUUGCUCCUGGGGAAGUUAGAUUUGUUGAUACAAGUAGCAUUCCUACAUAUAAGCAGCCUGCAUCAGCUGUAUAUAAAUGUUUUAAUCCGCCUAACUGUAACUAAUAUUAUUUCCUAACAAAAUUUGACUCACCUAAGAAGAAUGAAGACCUGCUGGGUGCUACAGCUGGCUGUGUCCCUUCCUGCAUGAGAAGCCACAAAAUGUUCAUUUUUGUUAUUCUUUUUGUCCACCACUAAGUAUUUGUCAAGAUCUUUGGAGUAUAAAUCACAUAAAAAUAAAACUGGUGCCUUUUCCAUUUUUUAUGGCUACCGAGCGGCAAAAACUGACUGGACAGAGCUUAAUUUCUUGUCACUAUUGUCACG